UGAACGGAAGCAACUUCCACGACCUUUCUUUAUUUUUGACUAUUUUGACCCACAUCUCUAUAUAUACCUAUCUCUUAAGCUUCUACGAUAUACCAAGAAUCUCAUUAGCCUUCCUCCAAUCCGCUAAAACAAAUCUUUCAAUAGUCUGCCAAAAACCUAGCUUAUCAACACACAGCAAAGCAGAAGGCAUGGAAGGCACAGUUCGUUGCUCCGCAAACUAUGUCCCUCUCUCUCCGCUGAGCUUCAUCGAGCGGUCUGCGGAGGUUUACUCUGAUCGGACCUCUGUUGUUUAUGAAUCCAUCAAGUUUACUUGGAGACAGACCCGAGACCGCUGCCUCAGGCUCGCUUCAGCUCUCUCACACCUUGGCGUUUCCCGUGGCGACGUGGUAACUAUAAUCUCCAUCUCUCAUAUGCUCCAUGAAUAUAUGCGUUCUAUUUUUGGAGUUUUUCUAGCAUGCAUCACUCUUCUCAUAGUUGCCGUCCUCGCUCCAAACGUCCCAGCCAUGUACGAGCUCAACUUUGGUGUCCCAAUGGCCGGGGCAGUCAUCUGCACCCUCAACGCUCACCACGACGCAGCCAUGGUCUCCGUCCUCCUCAAACAUUCCGAAGCCAAGCUCAUUUUCGCCGACCACCAGUUCCUCGAAAUCGCUGAAGAUGCCAUCAACCUCCUUGCACAAUCCAACUCCAAAUCCCCUCUCCUCAUCCCAAUCCCGGAACCCUCUGAAGACUCCUCUCAUUCACCUAGUUUAAACUACGAAAGCCUCAUAAAAAACGGAGACCCCUGCUUCGACAUCAAGUGGCCGAUCGACGAGUGCGAUCCUAUCGCCCUAAACUACACAUCCGGCACCACAUCCAGGCCGAAAGGCGUGGUCUACACACACCGCGGCGCCUACCUCAACUGCAUCAGUGCCAUUCUCUUUAGUGAAAUAAGGACUUUGCCUGUCUACUUAUGGACGGUGCCCAUUUUCCAUAGCAAUGGUUGGUGCCUAACCUGGGGCAUAGCGGCACAGGGCGGGGUCAACGUCUGCCUCCGUGAUUUCACCGCAAAGACCAUCUUCGAGAAAAUCACCAGGUACGGAGUUACGCACAUGACCGGUGCCCCUACCGUCCUCAACAUGAUGGCAAACUGUCCGCCUGCUGACCGACAACCGCUCGCAGCUGGCCAGAAGGUCUGCGUCAUGACGGGUGGGGCUACCCCGCAACCACCAGUCUUGGAGAAGAUGGAGGAGAUGGGAUUUAAAGUCGUCCAUGUGUACGGACUCACGGAGACCUACGGGCCCGCGACAGUGUGCGAGUGGAAGCCCGAGUGGGACGAGCUGUCGGUGGAUCAGCAGGCAAAGAUGAUGGGGAGGCAGGGAAUUCGACAUAUCGGAACGGAGGCGGUCGACGUCAAAGAUCCGGAGACAAUGAAAAGCGUCCCGGCCGAUGGGAAAACAAUGGGGGAGGUUAUGUUUCGAGGCAACACGGUGAUGAACGGAUACUUCAAGGACUUAAAAGCCACGGAGGAGGUUUUUGCAGGUGGAUGGAUGAGGACAGGGGAUCUCGGGGUGAGGCAUGCUGAUGGGUAUAUUCAGGUGAAGGAUAGGCUGAAGGACAUCAUAAUCUCCGGCCUGGAGAAUAUAAGCACGAUCGAGGUCGAGUCGGUAGUUUACAGUCACCCGGCGGUGCUUGAAUCUGCGGUGGUCGGACGACCGGAUGAGUACUGGGGGGAGACGCCGUGUGCGUUUGUGAAGCUCAAGGAUGGAGCUUCUGCUGAUGCUGAGGAGAUUAUAGGGUUCUGUCGAGGUCGGCUGCCGGAUUUUAUGGUGCCCAAGAGCGUGGUUUUCGGGGAGCUGCCGAAGACUUCGACGGGGAAGAUGCAGAAGUUUGUUCUCAGGGAGAGGGCCAAGGCUAUGGGAAGCCUAUUCAUGAAUGGCGGCGGGAAAAUGCUUGAAAUAUAGUAUUCUGAAAGUAAUUGUGGAUACUGUACAAAUGAAGAAUUUCAUUUGUAAUUUGAUUUGUUGAACUAAAAAAUAAAUGGAAGUCUCAGCAAUGAUAUGGGGUUGAGAUCUGAUCAAUGUAUUAUGUUUGUUACA